AUGGACACUAAGGAAAUUCCUUCAUUUUUUCCCUUUUUAACUUAAUAACUUUUAUAGUGUCUUUAUCAAACUAAACAUAUCUGGGAUUAUUUUUAUAAAAUGUUAAAAUACCUUUAUGAUGGGUAGAAUCUGUAUUUUAAUAGAAACAAAUAAAAUGAAAAAGAAUAAUCCAAAAUCAAAAUUUCAAUUGAUAAUAUGUAUUAAUAUUUAUCACAAACUCCCCAACAAAAAAUAGAAGAACCUGAAACUAAAUCAACCAGAAAUGGAUAUUUAACAAAAUACUUAUUUUAAGAUUUAUAAAUAAGUCAAUAAACAAAAGAUGCCUUAAAAAAUCAAAAAUUCACAUAUAUGACUCCUAUAUAACAUAAAUCUAUCCCUUUUUUACUAAAAGGUAGAGAUAUAUUAGGAGCUGCAAAAACAGGUAGUGGAAAAACACUUGCAUUUUUAAUACCAGCAAUCGAGAAUUUAAAAAAAAAUGACUUUACCCAAUAAAAAGGUUCUGGAAUAAUAAUAAUAACACCCACAAGAGAAUUAGCAACAUAAAUUUUUGAUGUAGCGAAAGAAAUAAUAUUUAAUCAUGAUUUAACAUUAGGAUUGUUAAUAGGUGGUACAAAUAGAAAAGCUGAGGCCACAAAAUUAAGAUUAGGAAUUAAUUUAAUAAUUUCAACUCCAGGGAGAUUAUUAGAUCAUUUAUAAAAUACUUCUAAUUUUAUAUUCUCGAAUUUAAAAACAUUAAUAAUAGAUGAAGCCGAUGCUAUAAUGAAAAUCGGUUUUGAAGAAGAACUAAACGAAAUACUUAAAAUUCUUCCAAAAGAAAAUCGAUAAACAGCUUUAUUUUCAGCAACUAUAACAAAACAAAUCGAAAACCUUGCAAAAUUAUCAUUAAAAUAGCCUUUAUAUAUAGGCCUAGACGAAAAUAGUGAAAUAUCGACGGUAGAGGGACUAGAAUAAGGAUAUAUAAUACUAGAUACUGAUAAAAAAUUAAGAUUUUUAUAUACUUUCUUAUAAAAAUAUAAAAAAGAUAACAAAAUUAUGGUAUUUUUCAGUUCAUGUGAUUCCGUUAAAUUCCAUUCAGAAUUUCUUAAUUUCGUAGAUAUUCCGAAUCUUUAAAUUCACGGUAAACUAAAAUAAAAUAAUAGACUUAAUACAUUUUAUCAAUUUAUAAAUGAGGAAAAAUGUAUACUAUUAUGUACUGAUGUAGUUGCUAGAGGACUCGAUUUCCCAAAAGUAAAUUGGAUAGUUUAAUAUGACCCACCAGAAGAUACUAAAGAAUAUAUUCAUAGGGUAGGUAGGACAUGUAGAGGAGCUAAUAAUUAAAAUGGAAAAGGAUUAAUUUUUUUAUAAAAAAAUGAAACAGAGUAUCUUUCUUUACUAGAAAAUGCGAAGGUAAAAAUGAAAGAAUUAGUGUUUCCUGAAGAAAAAAUAGCAGAUAUUUAAAAAUAAAUCUUUAUGGUAGUAUAGAAAAAUAAACAGUUUUAAAAAUUGGCUUAUGAUGGGUUUAAAUCUUGUGUUUUUGCAUAUUAGCAUCAUUCACUUAAAAAUAUAUUUAAUAUAAGAAAAUUAAAUUUAUAAAAAUUAGCUUUUGGAUAUGGAUUAGAAAACGCUCCUUAAAUAGAUUUGAAAAUAAAAAAAAGUAAAAAGAAAAAAAGAAAUAAAGAACAACAGCCUGAAUAUUUAUAUUCAGAAGAUGAAGAUUAAUAAAUAAAAUUAUAUAAAAAAUGA